UUAAACAUCUUCUUCAUGCUUUCUUCUCUCCCAAAGACGCUCUUCAACCUUCUAUUGAUCUUGAAUCUAAGUUUCUCUGUUACAAAAGCAACCGCCCGAAGCUUGGGGAAGACGAUUUCAGCCCUCAAUUUGCCUGGAUUCUUGAAUCUAGGGUUUCAUUCCUCUGUUCUUGUUUCCUGAAGAUCUAGAUCUGAACAGACGAUUUCAGCCAUCAUUUGUUUACUUGCAUGCCAAUUAUAAUGGAUGUUAGGAAUGUAGAGGACCCCAUAAUUUGGUCUUGUGCAGAUCUGGGAUUUUGUGUUUUUUCAAUUUCUUGAACCUGGACCUGCCCCAAUCCCUAUCUCAUUUACUGCAGUUCAAGUAACUGGUCUUCCUUCUGAAGUUCAGUUCUCUUUUGAAACUAAAUUGUUGAUUCAUAAUUUGGGUCAAGUGUAAGUGGGUUGUUCCUGGGGCUAAUUUUUUUCUUUUUCUUUUUUUCUCUUUUAGUGAUUCUUGUUAACUGGAAACCACGUCAAAGCUUAUGAGAUCGAGGGUAGCUAUUGAUUCUUUGGAAAUUUGGUUUAUGAUUCUUUUAGGUAGUACAAAUCAAGGGCUGAAAUCAUCUUCCCCAAGCUUUGGGCAUUUGCUUGUAAUAGAGAAACUCAGAUCUAAUAUCAACAGAAGGAAGUCGCAGGUUGAAGAGUAACAGGGUUUUUGGGAGAGAAGAAAGAACGAAGAAGGUGUUUAAGAGGGAGAGAGAGAUAUGUGGCUUGUUUCAAUCCUUUUUGGUUUAGAGAAUCAAACCGGAUUUGUAUUGAACUUAUAGCUGGUUUCCUCAUUAAAACUGGUUUUGAUGUUAGUCUUCUCUCACUUAAUCUGCGUCGUCCACCUGUCUUUUACCACGUGUUGUCUUCUGCACCUAAAAUAGCACUAGAAUAACAGAUCCAACAAUAACAGAGGAUCUGGAUCCUCAGCUUAUAGGAUCGAUCCAACCAAAUCAUCUCUCGAUCCGAGUUGAAAUCGGAACCAACCCGAGUCCGAUUCCUUUACCAUGACCUAGAUCCAUUCCGUUAUCUCUCACGUAGAUUUGAUUUUGCUAAGAUAUCCCCCCAAAGACGGAGAUCUCCUCCAAGGUCGACCAGCCGCGUGUAAUGCAACUGGGUCCCACUCUGACCUGUCGGCAAUUAAUUUACAAAAAUUGCCAUUACCCGCCCUCUCAACUUCCAUUUCAACGGUUCUUUCUUUCUCUCACACACACACGUUUUAUCCCAUUUAUUAUGGUUCUUUAUGUCGCUUUCACCUUCUCAAAUCUCAACUAUCCCCUUCGCCUAUGAGGUCUCUGAUCUAAGCUUUAUCUCAUCCCCAUCUCCAUUUUCUCAUCUUCUUCUUCUCUUGUCCCUCUUCUGUGAUCAAAAGGAAGAACAGCUAUGGAGGGUUUGAUCAAGGGCUUGAUCGAUGUGGCACUCGGCGUUGGUGACAAUAACGACGACGAAUCCAACUCUCAAGCUCGCGAUGAGCGGUCCAGAUCCACUUGGGCGCAGGUGGUUUCUGGGGAGCAGGAUCAGGACGAAGAGGGUGGUAGUGGUAGGCAAGAUUAUAAUCGGAACCAAUGGAAUAGAAAGGAAGAGAACGAGUGGAGAAAUGAAGAACCGGAAACAGCUGGAGAGAGACCUUCGAGGCGACACCAAAAGCUUGAUUGUGAGGAUGAGAGGUACAAAGAGGGUGGCAAGCAUCAAAUUAACCAACAUCAAUGGAACAGAAAGGAACACGAUGAGGGAAGCAAUGAGGAUUGGGAGACUGUUGGCAAAAGACCUCCAAGGCAACCUCAUAAGGAACACGAUGGGGGGAGCAAUGAGGAUUGGGAGACUGUUGGCAAAAGACCUCCAAGGCAAUCUCAUAAGGAACACAAUGAGGGGAGCAAUGAGGAUUGGGAGACUGUUGGCAAAAGACCUCCAAGGCAACCUCAUAAGGUUCCAAUGGAUUAUUGGCAUGGAUAUAAACAACACCCAAGUGAGCAAAAAUAUGCUGAUGAUAUCAGCUAUGGUGCUGAAAUAGAACCCUCAGAAAAGGAGCUUUCUGACCUUUCACAUGCUUGCAACAAGCUCUGGGAACUUGAUUCAAACUGUUUGGUACCCGGAAGGGACUAUCAGAUUGACUGUGGUGAAGGAAAGAAGGUCUAUCAAAAGGAGGAUAUGGCACAAGGAAGCCUAUUUGACUGGGUGAAUGGGAUAUUCAGGAAGCCUACUUAUUCUCGUUUCUGUUCCCUUUUAGAUAAUUACAACCCAAAUGAAGGGUCUAAAGAAGUUGUAACUUCUCAAGAGAAGCACGAGCAAGUAGCAUUCAUAGAAGAAAUCAGUAGAACUGCCCCAGUCAAGUAUCUUCACAAGUACCUCUCAUUCAAGGGCAUUAUUUCUGAGGAUAUUCAUGAUUUUAAGAGAAUGCUGACAGAUCUGUGGUUUGAGCUCUAUGGUCGUGGUGGUACAUCCGGUUCAUCUUCUGCUUUUGAACACGUUUUUGUUGGGGAAAUCAAGAACCACUAUGGGGAGCAUGAAGUUUCAGGCUUCCACAACUGGAUUCAGUUUUAUCUUGAAGAAUCAAAGGGAAGGGUUGAUUAUCAGGGAUACAUUUUCCCAAGAAGACGAGGCCAAAUGCCAGACUCAGAAACCAAGCUUCUUACAGUUCAGUUUGAAUGGAAUGGUGUUCUGAAGUCUGUCUCAAGCACUUUGGUUGGAGUGAGCCCAGAGUUUGAAAUUGCACUGUAUACAUUGUGUUUCUACAUGGGUAGUGAGGACAAUUACAUUCAGCUGGGUCCUUACCCUGUUAAUAUCAAGUGCUAUCGCCAUGGAAAUGACAGAAUUGGAUCUGCGUUUCCAAUAGCUGAAUGUUGAGUUAUAGGUACAAAACAAGCAUGUGAAGCACUUCCAUUAAGGCUUUGAGGUGUAUCUUGUUCCAAGAGGAAUAUACUUCCAAAAGCUCUGCUUUUUUUUUUCUUUGUGUUUAUAUCAUUGAAGUGUUUACCAGAAACUGAGUAAUAGUUGGGAUUUAAUUACUCUUUUGAACUAAUUGAAGGUGUAGAGACUACUUUUUUUUGGGUA